GCGAAAUCGUUAUACUACUAUCCGCUCCAUGAAGCUACUUUCGGUUGCAAGCUAGUUCACUCUCGCGACUGUGUACUUUGGGAAACUCGCAGUUUACGCUUGAAUAUACCGGAGAAACUGAGGAAAUGGAGGGUCAGGCUUCAGUGAACCAGCCUCCGCCAAAAAGUGGGCCACCAUUUCAAAAGAGAAACCUAAAGAGAAAGCUGCCGCAGAAUUCUGCCGAUAUAGUAUACACAAAGGGGACUUCUAUCUACACCUUACCGUCUCUCAGCAAACAGUUGAAGGGGAUCACAGAGUGCGUCAUUGGCCUCCAGUAUGUGUGGGAGUACCGCAGCCCCAGUAAAUCCGUCCCGCCGCACUACCAGUGCAAACUCUGCUCCAUGUCACGCCUGCAGCACGACAUGCUCGACCACGUGAAAGGCUGGAAACACGGCUUCAGAUACAUGAAAAAGGCUCACCCUGACAAAGUGACCUGUGAGGAGGACGAAGCAGUCAAAGACCCCGCUAUCAGAAAGGCGGUUAAGGAAGCUGCUCUUGAAGUGCAGAACACAGAGGGGAGGGGACAAAUUAAGGUGAUCCUGAAGGAGCCUUUUGAAGUACCUGCUUUUAAAGGAUUCCGUUCUGCUGUUCCUAAAGUUGCGCCCCCACCAGCUCCAGGGGUGGGACCAAUGGGACCACCCUUUGGUCCCAGGUUCCCCAACUCGAGGUUUUCAGGUGAGUUUCCUCCUCACCGUGGUCCUCCUCCUGACUACUCGGCAGGUGAAUACGGAGAACCCGGCUUCGGAGGCUACUCCAACAGACAAGAGUUCCCUGACUCCAGUAGGGAAGCGAGGCCUUUCUCAGACAGUAUGGGCCGCCGGCCAAUGGGAGGCGGGAAUGGUUUUGGCCCAGGUGACGGCAGAGACGGGUUUGGAAGGAGUGGACUGAUGGAUGAGAGCCCAAGCAAAAUGUAUCCUGAACCUUUCCGGGGCAACCAGAUGCGGGGAGGUUUACUGGACAGACCGAUGGACAAACCAGUGACCAGGCCGGGAUUAAUGGGAACAGCUCCGGAAUCCAGCACCCUUCCUAAUACUCUGCUCACAUACCUGGAUUCUUUCCGGAUAGAAAACGAGAGCGAUGCACAGCUGGUCCUGAAAGUGACCCAGAAACUAACAGAUGUGCUGAUGGACUACAGACUGAGGAGCGUGUCCACGGGUUCAAGUCUGAACAGCAUGUCAAUGAGCUCCACAAGUUUCUCCUCCACGCCCUCCAGAUUGUCCACCAGUAACGACCGAUAUUUAGGCAGUCUCUCAGGUCCAUCCAAAUACUCCGAUGGUCCAUCCAGAUAUUACAAAUGACGAAAUGGUGACACCUCGAUCUUCUCCCCUCUUUCUUUCCAUCAGUCAUGACUGUCCAGCAGUUAGAAAAUUUAGGUUUUGUGAUAUUUUUAUGCACCUGUGUUACUUCUCCUGUCACCACCAGGUAGUUUUGUGUUUUGUUUCUUUACACAUUUCUUUAGAAGAUGGGGAUGUUUCUAACCUGGAAAGUUUUACACAAAAUGCAUGUUUUCAACAACUUAAACUGAUGAUUUUAGUGUAUGGCUGUUGUUACAUUUCCCAAAUUCAAUAAAGGCCAUGGGGAAUACCGA